UGCACUGUCUUAGCCAGCGGGUCCACAGUGAGUGAAGAUGGCGAUGAGAGCGGCAGUGCGGUGCCUCUCUGCAAACUUUUCAUCCAGGCUGCCGCAGCUCCCGUCGGCAGCGCAGCUCUCUGCGAUUCGGCUGCUGUGGAGGAGCGGCUCUCCGCGGACACUGAGCUCGACCUCGGUCCUGUCCACAGCCCUAAAGUUCACAGAUAAGCAUGAAUGGGUGCAAGUGGACGGUGGAAUCGGCACCGUUGGUAUCAGCAAUUAUGCUCAGGAAGCAUUAGGUGAUGUGGUGUACUGUGGACUCCCCGAAGUUGGCCAAAGUCUUGAACAGAUGGAGGAGUUUGGUGCCUUGGAAAGCGUAAAGGCUGCCAGUGAGCUAUACUCACCAUUGACAGGAGAAGUGACUGAAAUCAACACAGAGCUGGCAGAAAACCCUGGACUUGUGAAUAAAGAUUGCUAUGCACAGGGGUGGCUAAUCAAGAUGACCAUUGAAAAGCCUGAAGAACUCGAUAGCCUCAUGGACCAAGCUGGCUAUGAUAAAUUUAUUAAGUCACUUGAAGAAUAAAUCCAUAACCUCACUGUGCUGCUUUGUAAUGUAAUUACAAUGAAAAACUAGUAGGCAGGCUUACUAACAUCUUGUGUGAUAGCUUCGUCAUAUGUGGUAUUUAUUUUGAUACUGUGGUUUUGCUAUCAAAAUAACUGAAACAUUCUGUAACCACUUCCACUGAGAAGGUUAGGAUUUGUUUAGGCACUAGCACAUCUAAAGGGCUCUUAUUAUGAAGAUCUGUCGGUGUCAUUGAUGCUUUGCUGCAUUUUUAAAUGCGAACAGAUGUGGUGAAAGACUGGAAAGAGCCAUGUCAGAUUAAUUUAAUAAAACUUGGUGUUCAAGUUUGA